CCUUAGCGGAAGUGUGGUAGAUCGUGUUUAGUGAAAAGGAGCAAACCAGGUAUGUGUGUGUGUGUCUGUGGUUCCUGCUGAGUUCUGGUCUGUGUGUGAUGGACGUGGACAUCGUGGAGUUUGUGGUUCCUGUAGAAAACAACAAGACUGUGCUGGUGUGGAACAUCGAACCUCUCACUGAAGCUGAAAUCAAUGAUAGAUUGUUUGCUGUCUUCUCAUCCUUUGGUCCUCUCUACCUGUUGAAGUUGACUCCUAAUGCUUGGCCCCGCCCCCACGGUUUCUCCGCCCUCAUUAAGUUCUACUCUGGUGUCCAGGCGGCGGAGGCUCAGCGUGAGACUGACGGACGCUCGUUCUUCAACUCUCAGCUCAAGGUGAGGCUGAGCUCCAAACAGACGCCUCACUUCCUGUGUAACAGCAACAAACCUCUGAGCCACUCCCACUGCCUGGAACUGGCAAAUCACUGCCUGGGAUUCAACGGCUGGACCUCUGACAUCAUCACACUGAAGGAGCUCACAGAUGAAGGCGAUGUCCGAGGUGAAGAGGGCGGAGUCAGCGAGAGGAGGCUGCGGUUUGGCUGCGUGCUGCAGCUCUCCUUCCCCCACCAUGGAAAGACCACCAGAGGAGGCGCUGUGGUGGAGGACACCUGCACAGAUACAGUGUUACAGAGUCGCAGUAAACUGCUGAAGCGUGUCAGAGACAGAGCUCUGGUUCAGGCCUUCUCCAACGUCCUGCUGAUUUUAUUAGGAAACGGUAAAGUGAUGGUGGAGGUUAAACAGACAUCGGAGCAGUUUGUCCCUGAGCAGACAGAGGGCGUCGUUCAGGUGAAUCACUUUGAUCCAGACGAAGAACCUUUACUGAACAGCAGGGGGCGACAUUAGAGCACUUGUUUACCUUCCACAGCAGCAGACAGAUCACAGCCAGCAGUGACACUCCAACCAUAACAGACACCACCAACAGCCACCAGGGGGCACUGAAGUCCACCUGCUGUCCCAGCUCUGGAUAAAUGUGGACCUCAAUCUACAGAAGAAGAUAUGACUCAGCAGACAACACAACAAAUGAUAGUGACCUGUAGGGGGCACUUACGUCCACACUGUGAGGCUCCAUUUUGAUGUUGGUUGUGUUUGUGUGCAGCUUCAGAGUCGCUCGACCUCGGACCACAACACUUUCUGCGUCAGUAAAGUCCUGAAACACAA